GAGAGGGGGAGAGAGAGAGAGGGAGGGUGGUGCUGAAUGAACAGCUCCUCGGCUCCUCAUAAAGUCAUCAGAGAGCUCCUCUGCUCCUCCGUCAGAACCAGCCAUGAGCCAGCCGAGCUCCCCGUCCUCCAGACCCGCGCACUCUCUCCGCCCGUCCCCCUGACUCACACCGAACCGGCGGCACCAUGAAGAGGCAGAACGUGCGGACCCUCACCCUCAUCCUCUGCACCUUCACCUACCUGCUGGUCGGAGCGGCGAUCUUUGACGCGCUGGAGUCCCAGAAGGAGACGAGCCAGCUGAGCAAGCUGAACCUGCGCAAAGCGGAGCUGCUCCACACCUUCAACCUGACCUCGGAGGACUUCGACGAGCUGGAGAAGGUGGUGCUGCAGCUCAAGCCGCACAAAGCCGGGGUGCAGUGGAGGUUCGCCGGCUCCUUUUACUUCGCCAUCACUGUGAUCACCACCAUAGGUAAGAGAGAGAGAGAGAGAGGGAGAGAGAGAGAGAGAGAGAGGGAGUCAGCCUGAGGUCAGCUCUGGAAACUUUGGUUUACUGCAGGCAGGGGGAAAGUUGUCAUGUUGAAUGAAGAUCAGCCUGUUUGAUCUGAGGAUUAAUCUGCUGGGAUGAAGUUAGGCGAGAAUCUGUGUUUGAUAGAGAGUCCUGAUGGAGCAGAGAGAGAGAGAGAGAGCUCUGCUGAAGGCUCAGGAUGAGGGGAAAUAUCACAAAUUAAUGUUGGAUUAUGAUCUGACACAGGCCUGCUCAUAUAGACCCUGUAUUCAGAACAACAGGUAGGCUGAAACUCUGAGGACACUAAUAUACAGAGAUAAUAAAGAGGAAACUUAAUCAAGGCUUUAAGACAGAGUUAUGAAAAAAGUUUGGAUCAUAUGUAACAGUAUAAGCUAAAUUAGUUUAAAGUGUGCAACUUGCAAAGGGAAAUGAUCCCAAUUAGUCCUGUAACAUAGAUAGACAUUAAUUUGCAUUUGUUGACCUGUUGUCAUGUAUAAAAUUCAUCUACAUAAACUAGAAGCUCCCACAGUUUUUGAAAGUACUAAUAAAGUAAAUUACCUAGUUUUAUCUCUUUAUAUACAAGAUAGAAACACAAAUUCAUAAAAACUGAAUAAUGAGAUAAUUUGAAAUGUUAGGACUACUAUUAUGAGAUCGGAGAAGGAGGAUAAACCAGGUCAUGGUAUUUUGAGAUGCAAGUCCAAAACACAGAGACUUUACUAACAUGAUAAAACAACAGUGUGGAAUAAUGUUUCCAAAUAUUGAAAUGAUAUAAUAUUCAAAAAUAAUAUCAAUCAUAUCUCAUAUUCAUGUCUUCAUGUAGACCUGUGUUUGUAAUAUGUUCAUUUCCUUCAGGGAACCUUCCCAAAGGAUAAAUAAAGUUAUAUCUGAUCUAAUCUACUCUAAUCUAAUGUCCCAGAAUUGGUAAAUAAAUAAACAUUUGUUUCACCACUUUGGGCGCUAAAGGGUAUAAAAAUAGCACAAAGCAAGGCCAUCAUCCAAAAGGUACAAAAAGUCCAUGUAUUUUUAUCUAUUUAAUGAGAUCAAUUCUGUGAUUUGAGAUAAUUUUGUUGUAAACUCUCAGACUACAGUUACAGUCAGAUUAUAUGACGCUGAUGGAGACCACAGAAGAUUGUGUUUACAGCGGCAGAGUCGGGGGGGGGGGGCAGGGUGAGCCAUGGCCGCCCCAAAAUCUUGAACUGUGAUUGGCUAUCAGGCCGUGUCAGAGGUGGGACUUCAGUAUGAAUGAACUAUUGAGGCUGUUUGUAGUAUCUGCUUUGAAAUAUGUUUGUACUGUUAGUUCGUUUGUUUGUUUACAUAUAUAUAUAUUUAGCAGAGAGUAUUUCUUUAUGUUGUCUUUUGUUAAGCUUCACACAGACAUAUAUAUAGAAUUAUUAUAACACCUAUUUGGUGCAGGUCAUUCAGGUGUUUGUGGUCACACAGAAAAGGGAAAUAACUGUCAGUCUGUGCCUCAGGUUGGCCACCCCAGUCUAAAAGGUCUAGAUCCGCCCCUGCAUUUUUAACCUCACAUCUCUAUAUCAUCUUCUUUAAUCUCGUCUUUUAUGGUUUUUAAGUUGUUGGAUGUAAAAUCACAUGAUAAUUAAAUUAUACGAGACUGUCUGAGAGAAAUGGUGGUGUCAGUUUUAAACCUCAUUACAGCAGCCUGAAUAUCGUCUGUAUUAUUUCCAACAGAUUCAGAGAAAAACUGAUUGAGUGAAGUCUGAACCUGAGCAGGUUUUUACCCGAGUAAUAAGUCCAAAUGUGAAGUUUUCAGUAUCCAAGCAGAGAAGGAUGAAAAAUAAGCUUCUGUCCAAAUCUGAAACCCUGCUGCUCAUUUCUGGAGGUUGUCAUUUCAGGGACGCUUCAGGCAUUUUAAGUUUAUGGUACUUUCAUUUGUGCUGCUGCUCAUUACUCCUGCCACAUAAGGCCUGAAACAUCAACACCCCCAGCUCUCUUUACCCACUUUAUUACGCGGCCGUCAUGUACAGUCACUCUGUUUUGAUGAUUUCAUUUUCACUCAGCUCCACUGAAUUUUUUUUCAUUACAUUUCAUUCCACUGAUAUUGAAGGUUUUAGCUCCAAGACCAAGUUAGGCAAACAUUUUAGAUAUUCAAAGAUCAAAAAAGGUUUUAAGACACAUCCAGACUAAGCCUAAAGUCACAUAUAGCUUACUGACAACAACACAACAAUGUACUGAAACUAUGAAGUCAUUUAAAGUGCUCAGUAAGCCUCAUUAGAUAUCAGUUAAGUUAGCGCUGAUUUGGUUGUGUUUAGUCUGUUAUUGUUGUUUUUGUCAUUGUGUCUACUUUAUUGUAAUGGAUGUUUAAAUAGAAGUGCUAUUAUUAUUAUUAUUAUUAUUAUUAUAUAAGUUAAAAACCUUAAAGACUGUUUUACUGCUGAAUCUAAGAUGCAGCAUUUUGCUCAACAGUGACCCCUGUGGCCAAAAACGGCAAUAACAUGUAAACAACAGUCAGUGCGUUUACAGUCACGGUUUAAUCGGACUAAGCUCAUAAUUUGUUUUUUUUUUCACAGAAUCAGACUUCUCUCAUUGUCUGCUUAUACAUGCAGCUGAGAAAAUCAAAUUACUGACGUGAUAUAAUAGAAUAAUAAAAUCGAAGUCUUGCUCAGCAGCACCCCUGGUGGACAUGAAUAGCAAUUGCAGGUUGAUGACUGAAUAUACUGUAAUUGCUCUUAACUAAGUUAUGAUAAAAUAAUAUUAGAUAUAUGUGUAUGUGUUAACAUUAUUUAAAAGGACAGAAGAAGUGAAGUUAAAGAUAUAGCUUCAUUAUUUGGUCACUCAGACUUAGCAAGUCCUUUUUUCGACAGCAUUCAGGUGUUGAAUUGGAAAAUAAACAAAGUAAAGAGUAAAUGAUUCCGUCAUGUGUUUGGACAAAGUUAUAAAAGUCUGUUUUUCACAUGUUAGCGUCCUCACCACUCUCCUGUGUUUUGUAUCCAGGGCAGUUGUUUGCGGUGACUUGUGACUUGUAACCCUAUCAGAUGUUAGCAGCUAAUUGCACACCAGCCCAACCCGGUGUCUGUGACUGCAUUCUGUAAUUGUGAGCCCAGCAGCUGCUGAAAACACAGUGAUUGGCGUUUCAGCCUGCCAUUAAGAAUUAAUGACAACACCAGACCCUCGCUGUUCCAUACAGCUCUUGGCACACAACAUUAACACUGUAGAUACCACACUGUACACACAAUACCCCGCAGCCAUGGCGUACAGUACAAACCUGAGAGUGGGCCGAAAUACGGAGACGAAACAUGGAGUUUUAGAUGAUUAAAGAAAUCGGAGCUGAGGCUGGGAUUAAGUUCAAGUUUUCCAACGAUAAAGGAGAGGCUGAAACCUUCGGAGGUUUAAAAAUAGAGCCUCUUAUUUCCUGAUAUAUUCGUUAAAAUUUAACUGAGAUUAUUUCACAAAUACACAGGACAUUGACAAGGUGCUGGUUAGAGAAAAAGGGGGUCUGGAGGUCCUUUUUCAGGGGGUUUUAAGCAUCAAACACCUUUUUUCUCUUUUAUUUUGAUCAAACUCAUUUGUAAAUGUGCGAUAUCCGUGUUAAAGAAACUCCCAGUUACCGUCACCUUUCUCAUCCUCUAUUGUUAGAUCUAUCCAGUUAUAUUUCUGAGGGCGCACGACUGUGAAGAUGGCAGAUAUUUGGGGGAGCUCCUCUGCACAGUCACUCACAGUCUGGGUCCUCAGGGCGCUCUCAAACAGUCACCCAGCUCCAGGGCCGCUCAUCCUGUCAUCAGAUUAUGUGACUGUGGCGCUGCAGUUCAAGGUCAUGUAGAGCGAGCAGACAAAACCACAACAUGAAAACACUGUUGGACAAAUAGGAGACAGCUCAUAUCCUCUGUGUGUUAUCUGAUGUGUGUGUAUGACAUCUGAUAAGAGCAGGAACAUGUGAAAUGAGGACAUGUGGAGCCGUUCUUUUGGGCAGCUGGCCUCUCUGUUCGUGUGUUUUAUUUGUUUAACACAUGUUGACAUACAGAAGUCUUUGUGGGACGCACAAUACGAGGUCAAAACACGUUUAGACGGGCUAAGGUAGAGGAUCACACACACACAUAUACACACUAACACACUAACACACACACACACAUAGAUGCUCCAAAUGGAGGAAACUAGGCCUCUUUUAAGUGAUCCGGAUCAUGUGGUUUUAAAGAAGACUGGGUUUCAUGUCAGUUAACCGUUUCCUUUCUUGUACCUUAACUACCAUUUUGUGGAUUUAUUAUUUAGGUGGAAUAACCCUUUAACUUUGUACUUUAAUGUUGUAUCGUGUUAAAUUAACAUGAUAUAGAUUUAAUCUGACUUCUGCUCUUUAGUUUAAUCUCUAAUCUCUAAUCUGUGUAACUCUCCUCUCAGAAGUCUCCUCUGACAGUAAAUCAGUCCUCUGUAAUCAUCACCCGUCAUGUUUGUUGUUUUUAGGAUCAUCGUUCACCUCUGGUUUAGAAGUUUGUGUUGAGGGAUUAUUCUUGUUGGACGGCCACACAUGAACUCGCCCGUCUGUAGGUGAUGAACUGGUUCUGGAGUCUGUGACAGGGGCGUGUCCAGACCUUUGGACUGAGGUGGCCUCGCUGGUUUCUGACUUCUGAAGGGGUCUAACACAUGGAUCUGUCUCCUCUAAUAUAUUUGAUUUAAUUAACCUGAAAUCCUGUAACAUGCUCUGAGCAGUAAGGUUCAGCCUGACCCACUCAUACUCUAAGUUCUGGACCUGUUCUGUCAGGGAGUCUUUACUGUUUGGCUUCACUUUUAAGGACCUGACAUGCUGUCCAUCUUUAUCAGUGCAGCACAAUACCUUAAAGGGUGUAACUUUCGACUUUACUUUAGCUAGUUUGGACUUUUAAGUUUGUAGUGAGACCUCAGGCCAGUCCAUUACGGACUACAGCGGGGUGCCGCAGCUCAAAGAAGAACAUUUAUGAUCAUUUCUUUAUCAUUUCCUUGAACUAAUAGUAAUUGUAAUAAUAGAUCUUCUGUCUUAGCGUCUCGGUCUGAUUGUAUUUCCAUGAAGAAAUGAUCAUAAAUGUUCUUCCUUGAGCUGCGGCACCCCGCUGUAGUGCUUAAUGGACUGGCCUGAGGUCUCUGUACAAACAAGCGUCUGCUGGAAGAGAGUAGGUGAGUUGUGUUUAGUCUCUUUGCUAAAGAAAUGAGUCAAAGUUAAAAAGAUGUUUGGUGUCUAGUACUAUGUCUGUGACCCUAUAUGUCCUGUUGAUGAAGUUAGGUGCUGUUCUGAGCAUUAUUUGUGGCUAUAGAGUGGCGUUUUGGUUGGGGGCGUGUCUCUCUGUAUUGCUAUCCUGCGGUCGUUACUAAAGUUGGUAUAACUAGAGAAGCAAGCGGUCGACAACAUUCAUCUCAGGAGGGGGGGUCUAACUCGGUGUUACGGUGGGUUUGACCCUAAAUUAAUUUUACGCCGGAAUAUCCCUUUAACUGACUCACCUCUGAUCACACAGCCAAUCAGUGACCUUAAAUCAGAUCUCAGGACCGCCCCGCAGACAUAUCCCUAAAAUAAAAAUGCAUUGUGGGUAAGAAAAAGCAGCUGUGAUCCCUAAAGAUAGCAUCGGUAAAACCGUCUGGUUGGUUUGUGAGCUUCUUCUUCCAGAUUGAAGAAACUUGGGUCAGAUGAGGUUCUGUCACACUCAGAACUUUAUCAUUUUGACGGACCGGGAGCCCUCUUCAGUAUUCCAGAGUAAAACGGGUCGGUGCUGAAAACAGAGCAGAUGAGCUCAGCAAAUCGUCUCUGGGUCAGUGAAUCUGACGAUGAAUUAAACAUUUGAUCAUUUUUCUCCGCUGACACAGACUUUGAAUCGGCACCGAGCAUGAACCCAUUUUCAGCCGCGGUAUAAUUAGAGGGCAGGUUCUGAAUUAUUAAUGGUAAUUACUUGCAUUAGGAUCGUCAUUAUUAUUCAGUCAGCUUAAGAGGUUAGUGUGGUUAGUGGUUGAGUGCACAUAGAGUAAAACUCUUACUAGCUAUUCCACACGGGUCCAGACCAUCAGGCAGAGCGAGAGAGCGACUUUAGAGGAGAGAGGCGAGCGAAAAAAAGGUGACAGAACAUGUAAACAUACAUCUUUAAAACAGCGCUGAAUACUUCUGAAGAAGUUAUACAAAGACAGGAUAACAGAUGUUUACAGUUUUCCUCUACGACAACAUGUGGUAGCUUUUCCUCAUGUGUUCAUGUCGACCUUGGGAUGUGAUAAUAAAAAAUAUUAGUUCAUCCAAAUUCAUUUAAAAGGUGGGGUCGGCAGGAAUCCGAUAAAGAAGCAUCUUUUUUUGUGGUGUAUAAAAAAGAAAUCUUCUAAUAUCAGUCAAUAGUUAUUAGUUAUUGAUUAUUUGGUAAUAUAUCGAUAUCGCUGUGUUCUCUUAUGUCUGUGUCGUCAACAUUUGAACAUUUUUGAGCGGUCCGCUCUUUCUGACUGUAAACAAAGCCGUUCUCCACCUCCUCUAACCUGAUUGGUUGUGAGGCAGACGCCGCUCCCCCGUGUCGUUCAGGAGCCCAAACAAAGUUAGCGUGCUACAAUAUCGGACAGUAGAAACCAACCAGAAAGUUCGGAAAAUUGUCUGAAUCCUCCUUUGGCCACGACUGCCGACACAAGCAAGAAAACAAAGUAAAUACCGGAGACUCUGGAGGAAUAACGGGCGCUUAAAACGGAGGUAGACCGGACAAGAGCUAAAUGGGACUUACUGCACUUUUCAAAUCAAGUUUUUGGCAUUUUUAUCUAUAAAUGAAGUAAUUUUUUUUUUCAGUGUGACUGACAUUUUCACAUCUUGGAGUCAGAUCAUUAAACUGUCUGAGAAAGUUUUGACCAAAAAUCAGACAGAAACGAAAACUCGAGUCCUCGGACUAAAACAUGACACUGAAAUCUCUUUUAGAUAUCGGAUCACUCUAUCGCUCUGAUAUCUGUCAAAACUCUUCUCACUUUACAAACCGAGCUUCGUGUCUGUCCUGACUCUUUAUAGGAUGACAGGUUAGUGAUCAUCAGAGCAGGUUCAGUUUACAGUUUAAUUGAAUUAGGUGGUGAAUUGAUCCUGACCCUGCUGCAGGGCUGCUCCUCCUGCUCCUCCUGCUCCUCCUGCUCCUCCUCCUGCUGCUCCUGCUGCUGCUGCUGAGCUUUAAGUGAUUAUGGAGCUAAUGUGACUGUAACCCUCCCUGCUGCUUGCAUAAAAGAGCUUUAAAAAACAGAGCAAAUUACCUUGCAUAACGCAGUGUCAUGCUCUGCAGGGAGGAUCUGCCCUCCUCACAGAUCAGACAGACACAGUCAGAUGUGAUGUGACAGACUGGCUGGAAAAAAACAAAUCAGGUUUUUAACAAAGAGGAGGAGAAAAGGUUCAUUUGUGAUUAAACACACGUGUGUUUUUGUGAAUAAUGAGACUUGGACCCUGUCUCCUAAAGGUCACAGGAUAACUCUUUAUUGUUGAGUUUAGGGGCGUGAAUUAAGAAAGAGUGUUGGAGUCGGAGCUGCAGGGCUGUCACUGAGAGCAUGGAGAAGCCUUGUGUUGCUACGGUAACGGAGCAAUCCCCAACUUCAAAACAAAGACAAGACCAAGUGUGCAACCGAAUAAGACAACUUGGUUGGUAACGGGAGACGGUCGGCUUCCUGUAAAACUCGCCACAAGUGUUUCUGUUGCCACGCCGACAGACCGGAAUUUGUUUGUCACUUUCCAAACACUCGGGGUCGAAUUCAGGGUCCAAAUCAAAGGGAUCAUGUCUACAACAGUACACCUAAGAACAGUGGAUUUGUAGCAUGGCAACAGUGGAAGAGGUUCCUGGAGUUUAAGUGAGGGUUUUUAAAAGACACCAGCCUGAGACAAAUAAAGACGUAAAAGUAAAACAGACGGAUGAGAGGAACAACAAACAGACGGAGAAUGAGGAUAAUAGACCCGAUAAAUUUGUGUUGUUGUUUAAGAAUAACCUCAGCUGCUCUCUAAUCUUGAUCACAUGAUCUUUUUUCACAGACUGACAACAAAGAUUCCCAAAAUUUAACAAAAUUUGACCAAAACUGUUUUUGUUUUUCUCAUCUGAACUAAAUAAUUUCCCCUUUAUCUGAUAAAAUCUUUUAAAAAAAGUCUCUUUAUAAAAUUAUUUUUAUCUGUGCAUUUGUUGGAGAGCUUGGACAUUUGUAAAAUAUAUUUAGUUUUUAACUUCUUAAAUUUGAAGGAGUCAAACAUCGAUUAUUACGAUAAAACAACAAUAAGUUUCCUGAAAUGACAUAAGUUGUUAAAGCUCCAAUAAGGAGUUUUUUAAAGUUUGUAAAAUAGACAGAAAAUCAUGUAGAUGCCUUUUCAUGACAUCCAAAAGCAAACAAGACCAUCAGUGACAAGACUGAUGACUUUCAUCUCCUCAUUAUUUAUUCCUGAAACGGGUGCAAGGGGGCGGAGUCACUCCAGCAGCUGAAGAAACAAUAACUACAAAAAAAAAGAUCCAUACGACUUUAAAAGUCAGCAGGAUGAGAUUUUAAAGGAAAAGUCAUUUCUCAAACAUGCAAACAGCAAAAUAAGUGAAGACUGCUUUGUCCACAGGGGGCGCCAAAAUAGACACCAAACAAAAGUCCCUGACAGGAGCUUUAAUAGGUUUUUAUGUGUCUACUAAAUAUCUAAACAGACAAAACAAACGUCCUCCUCCGUCCACGUUUGUAGACUCUGCGAAUCUUUUCAGUCUUUAAAAACUUUGAUUUCCUGAAUCACUGACGUCCUGAAUCAGUUUUUCUCUUUUCUUAAAGUUUGCACAGACACACACGGAUGGAGACACACACCCUGAACUAACUGUGUUUGUGGUUUUUUCACGCUGAGCUUUGCGUUGAUUUUCUGGCCUGUGAUCGGUAAAAGGAUCUGGUUUUAUCUCUUCUCAGUCUGUCUCCACUUUGGUUUAAAAAAGCAGAUUUUCAGUAUCAGCGGUUAAACUGCAGAGAGCCGUCUCCACCCGAGCUCAGAGCUGAAACGUCCACAGCUAUUAUUGGCUGAGGAGACUUGUUUCUGUGUCUGCGGCUGAGAAAGGCUGAUGGCGCUGACUCUCAGUGCUGCUGCUGCUCCGUUCACAUGACCAGCGAGUGUUUACCUCUUCUACUCCUGCUGUACGCUCAGUGGAAAGUUGAGCUCUUGCCUGGCUCACUAAACAAAACAUGACUUUGUAUUUAUUAGACUUCAUAACCCGGUGGGGCCCAGCUGGACUUUAACCAAAUACAACAGUAGUCGGUAUAGAGGGAUCUGAGCGUGUUUCUCUCUCUCUCUCUGGAAGUUUUCCUCUCAGAUAAACGCAGAUACAGAUAAACGUGUGAAGUCUCAGCUACUCGGGGAGAAACCGACGCCUGCUGCGAGGUUUAUUUGAUCAGAAAUGUGAACUCUGUUUUUCUUCGUGUCUGAAUGGAAGAGUGCCAACAAACUCAGGCCCUUCAAUAUUAGAUUAUACGGCUCUCUACCACCCAGAGCUUUUAGUCCGGGCUGGACACUCAAUUUACAUCCUAAUCCUUCAGUGGAAAUUUGAGAUUAACGGAGAUGUGUCCCAGCGAUGCUGACACCGAAUAUGUGCAACAGCUCCCUCAACACUUGAGCGCUGUAAUGGAAAUAUACAGUAGCAUCCCAUCAGUAUCUGAUGUUUUCAGAGUUUAACCUCUUAUUGUCGUUCUAACGUUUCCUUAAAUCCAGAAAAAUCAGGUUUUAUUUAGCAGGAACAUAAACUUCAUAAACUGUAAAUCUGCACCACAGAAAGAAAGUUCAAUAACUUUAAUGUAAGUGUUCAUCUCUCUGCUCUCAUUGGUGAACAGAGCUGUCAAUCAUGAUGUCACACCAAGGUUUUUAACACUGAUUCACAAAUAAAAAGCCGAUCACUUCAAAAAAUUAACACAGUCAUGACUAACAGCACGUUCAGGUGUGUGAAUAUUUUGGUUUGUUUGACUCAGGUUUCAGUGAUGAAGGAGGCUUUGCUGUAGCCAGUCACCAGGGGGCGCUCUACAGGUUUUGCUUUCAGUUGCUGCACUGUUUAUGUCCUAGAAAGGGUUCAAAAAUGCAGUCUGGGCAUAAGGAGGACAUUUUUAACUGUAGUCAACUUUUCCUGGAACAAAUGUAAACUCAAUUUAAAAUGAUGCUGUGAACUACAGAGGAGUUUAGGACGAGGGGUGACAAGAGUCCAGAUUUAGAGAAUAGAUCUAAAAUGUUUACAAAAGAAGAAACUCAGGUCGGAUAAAAAAGUUAAACAUUCAACGUGGAGAUAAAUGUCGAGAUACAAUAUUUAGGUAAAAAGUCGACCAACUGUAAAAGAAAAGAAAAAGUUGCCUUACAUACAUUUUAUUUCUGAAAUCGCUGUGGUUAGUAAGAGAGGAAGAGAUGACUGGAGUUGAUGGUGUCAGUUAUGGUUAAAAAAGACUGAAGGAGUGAAGGGUCGAUCAGUAAAAGGUGUGUUAUUGAUCCGUCAGACACUGAUAGAAAUGAUCAGUCUGAUGUGGUCGCUGCAGACAAGUUCACUUAUUGGACAGAGGAGGAGCUGAUUUAACAGAUUUAACAGAUUCAUAAAUUUAAAUAUCAAUGAAACUCAAAACAGACAAAGAAAGCCCCAGUGAUGAUGUGUGAUCGAUCAGUAUCAGUCCGUUUAGUCGGAGUCUUACUGUAACUUAAACUGGAAGAUUAUUGGAUUAUAGACAUGAUCAAGUUCUUGUUAUUUACAUUAAUUCUUUGUCGUAUUCAGGGAAACAGUGAGUUAAAUAAACAUCAUUUUCCAACAGCACAACAUUAAGCGUAUAAACCCAGAACAAACCUUGGCUCUUUAUUCUGUUGACCUCACUGAUCUGUUUUUGGGAUUUCAUACAGAAAACUUCUGCAGGAUUUUUGUCGUAUUUCCAUUGAUGGAUCUUGUUUUAUGGAGUUGAUGUGAUCCCGUCUUAGACACAGAGUAAAAUAACGUACCGGGCGGCCGUGUGCAGAGUGGACUCCGAUUGUCGUGGGGGGGGGGCUGUCUCCUCAGUAUGGCUCUGUCACUGCGUGUCUCCUCUUCUGACCUGAAAAGGAAAGGUAUUGGAGACAUGUUUGAGAGUGCAGACGGCUCAGCUGGGACCUGAUUCCUGGAACAAUGUUGGUCAUAAAGCUGUUUGGUCGUGUUUCCUACAGGGAGGAGGAGGAGGAUGGGGUUUAUUUAGACCCUCAAAACAGAACAUUUCCAUCAGCAGACUGUAGUUAUCAUUGUUAGUUUGUGUGUCAUUUCAGCAGUUUGUACCCAUACAAGUUAAUUUGUCCUGUUUAUAAAUAUAGAACAAUAAAACCUCUUAGUUAUUCAGACUUUUUUACUUGAAUUCAGCGACAAUCUGACAUUAUAGGCAUGGAGAUCAUGUGUAAUAAUGCUCUUUAAUGUUAAAGUCACUGGUAAAAAAAUUAAAACUGUGUUUUAUUUAACAGAUUUUUUGCAAUAAAGUUCGUAAACAAGUGUCAUAGUUUAAAGUAUCAGGGCUGUCGUGAAUUCUGGUUGUCCCUCAUGUUAAACUGGUCACCAUCAGGCUGUAGAUGUUUGCAGGUCAAAGUAAAUAAAUAAACAAGAGGACAAUUAACAUUAUUGUUUAAGGCUUUAAUUCAGCUGAGAACAAAAACAGGGACCAAUGGGGAAUUUCUCUGCUUUAGUAACCAGCCUCUAAUGGACACUUGAAGAACUGCAGUUUUUUUUACACAUUUACACUCAGUCUGUUUCCAUGACACUUGAGAAAACCGAAUUAUCGCCGUACUCCGAUUAAGACCGGACAACUGAAGGUCAUGUAAACACCUUAGUCUGACUGUAAUCGAAAUUUGAGAACUCCAAUAAAGAUGUACGAUGCUCCAUCUUCUUGUUUCUCCAAAAUGCCCAGCAGCAGUUGUAGACAUUUCUGACAUCUGACACCGACCUGCUGUUGUUGUGUCAACCGUAAAAGACCCAUAUUGCCCCCUAGUUUUGGGGAGGAGGACACAUUCACGUCAAUAAUUUCAGCAGCAUGUACGCGGACAAGGAGAGAAGUCUGAUUCAGCAAAGAAAAAAGAAAUUAUGAGCUUAGUCUGAUUAAUCUGUGGAUGUAAACGCACUGAGUGACUUCCUGAUUUGAGAUUGGGGGUCACUGCUUGGUGUAAACUAGUCCAGGUAACGGUCUGUGUCCAUUCACACCAGCACCCACAGCUUAAAUAUCAGAUCAAUAUUAAAUAUUAAAGAACCAGACUUGUCUUCAGACUGCCAAAUUAACAAAAAACUGCUUAUUUUAUGGCAGAUGGGUUUCUUUCAGGCCUUUUUGGUACAUUUGUUAAUUCCUUCAGCUGGUGCGACCGACAACUCCGACAGAUACUAAUGCUAUUCUGCAAAAAUAUAAAAUCUUUAAAAGUCUUUGAAAUUAAAUUCAUUUGCUGCAGUUCGCUCACAAUCAAUAAAUAAAUCAAUCAACCAAAUUUUAGUUAUAUAGUGCCAAAUCACAACAUCGCCAUCUUAAGACACUUUCCAAAGAAACAGGUCUAGACAGCGCUCAUUGUUUGAUGAAUAAUCAAGACCCAACCUAAGAUGGGACAGAUUUAACCUCAUCUUAUCGAACAUGAGUGACAGUGGCAAAACAACAACAACAACUUCCUUUUAACAGGCAGAAACCCUGGAGAGGACCAGACUCAUGUUAGACAGACACCAGGCCGCUGCUGGGUCGGGGAGAAAUGCAGAGAAACAUGGAUCACUAUCAGAGGAUUCAUCCAGAAUUCAUGUCACAAAUGAUCUGACUGUAACAGACACACACACACACACAGACACAGACACACACAGACACAGACACAGACACACACACAGCAGCAGCAGCAGCGCUUACAGAAGAAUCAGGACAUUUGUUUUCAUGAUACCACAGAGACACACAGUUAUCAGACACACAAACAUGCAGACUGUCAGUGUUUAUUUGGGUGCUGGUUUACACAGAGACGCUCCGUAUGUGAACAUUUGUGUGUCUGUGUCUGUGUCCUUUUGAACUCUUUAAAACCUCCUGAAUAAACAGAAUUACUGUACAGAGACGAUCCGACAGCAAAAACACACAAACAACACCAUCACAGAGCAGAUAACGUUCACCAUGAAAUAAAGAAGAAACAUCAUUUAAGAAAAAAGUGAAAUUUAUCCCGAUAUGAGGGAAGCUCCUCAUUCUGAAACCCAAACAGCAGCAGCUUCCUUCCCUCUGCUGCUGCUAUAAAAAGCUGAUAUCCUGCUCCCAACACGAUCACACCAGUGGAAAUCUCCCCGAGGAGCGCGCAGUGUCAUGACACGCUGCGCUCGCACACAUUUCUCUGCGAGUGGAGUGUGGAGGGGGUUCAGACCCGCCGUCUGAGGGUUGAAUCUCUGCCCAGAGCGCUCAGCUGUCUCCACAGCGCCAAGAGAUGCUGCUUUUCUGCCUCAGUGCAGACAUGUGCCAUGAAAAAUCUUUCCACAUCAGACCUCAGCAGCUCCUCCUCAGCGGUGUGGAACGUGUCCUGAGUGUUUAUGUUUGCUUAUCAUAACAACCUGGAGUGAUUUUCACACAACUGAGCGGCUCUCAGAGAGUCUGUGGAGCCCAGAGAGGACCAGAGAGGACCAGAGCGUGUGUCCGUGCUUUUACGCUAAACUGGCUCAGAGGACUUGAAUGAUCUGUCCGGACCUUUGCCAAGUGUCUGCAGCUCAGACCGGCAUAUUUUCACUCUCUCUGGGGUUUUUCUUUUCCAAUUUGUUUGCAGCGUCUGUUUAAUCUCUCUCACACAUGUACAGAGGGUUAACAGUAAUAACAAUAACUGUGUUUGCCCCUGUGUGAGGACAUAUUUAAUACUCAUACAAGUUUAACAACAGUCUGAUAUCUUGCUAACCCAUUUCCUCUGGAAUAAUCCGGGCGGCACAGCUGUCAGGGGUUAUGGGUCUGAUCCCAGAGCUCACCUGAGUUCAUGUCACCUUUUUAAACUUGGUGUCAAAGAAGAAAAGACUGUGAGUCUGUCCAAAGAGGAGGUCUAGUCUGAGUGUUUGGAGGGUCAUGUGUUCAGACUUAAAGGUAGAUCUGAAAAAUAAAGAUUCAAAAGGUAAAUUAAUAAAAAAAACUCACAUUUUUAAAGGACAGGAAAAAUCCAAAAAUCCAAAUUCAGGAAAUCUGAGGAACUCUAGAGGACAGUAAACCAACAGCAACAGGUGUGACAGACUAAACACAGGUGAGACUAAUCAUGGCUGAUCAAAGAAGGAAGUAGAACUAGACUCAACAAGCUGAGGAAACAGGAUUUCAAAAUAAAACAGGAAACUGGAGGAAGAAGUAAAAACCUAAGAAAUGAAGAUCAGUGAGGAGCUCACAGAAACACAGAGAUGAUACUGGAAUAUAAAUAAAGAGAAAAAAAAACUGAACAUGAGGAUUUCCUUCACCUCAGGAUCCUGCUGGAACAGAUGGAGAGGUCACGGAUCGCAGGACCGAGGACGGAUUCAUUUCAGCUCAGAGGAUUUGGUUUGAUAUGUUUGGACUGGGUUACUGGGUUUACAGAGACCAGAAUUCAACAUGAGACAUCCGACCAUACUAAGACCGGGAUAUGAUAUGAUCCAUAUUAUGAUAGUCAUUAUUUUUAGACAAUAACAUGGAGGCAACAGUGGCUCUGUCUCUUUUCACCACAAAAUCUUAAACUUUAUAUGAAUAUUAGUUUGUAAAAGUUAAGAAAGUCAGAUUUUUCAUCCUGCUGGUCUGGGUGGAGAAAGGAGGAUUAUGAUGGACUUGUUGUAUAAAAUUAACAGAAUUAACCCUGCGGCCCUCAGCUAACUCAGACGGUCUCAGGAAUCAUUGUUUAUAUUUUAGAUCUGCAGAGAAGAAAUUAUGAAGGAUUUUAAACAUCCGACCAGAACAAUCAUCAUCGUCAUCUUGUUUACAAAACCUGUAUUAGUCUGAGUUUCUCUUAUUCCUGAUGUAGUUUAGCUCGUCAUCGUCUCGUCUUCAUCGUUGAUAAAAAGCGUCAGUGCUGAAUAUUUAUUAUCAGAAUUUUUAUAAACAAAAUUAAAACGGGUGUUUGUAAAAACCUGAAAUGCUCUCGUAUUUUUCUCUCAGGUUAAAAAAUUUAUCUUCUACGCUUGUUUGUUCAAAUUGCGAUAUUUGCUGCAUCACCUGGUUUACCUCUACUGCCCCCCAGAGGCUUAAGUGUGAACAGCAUCUUCAGUAAUGUGGUUUAUGAGAUAAAGUGACACAAUCCAGACUCUCGAUUUACCGGUCGAUCUACGUGCCGAUCCUCACCUCUGGUCAUGAACUUUGGGUAAUGACCGAAAGAACAAGAUCGCAGAUACAAGCGGCUGAAAUGGGUUUCCUCCUCAGGGUGUCCGGGCUCAGCCUUAGAGAUAGGGGAAGGAGCUCGGACACUCGGGAGGCGCUCAGAGGAGAACCGCUGCUCCUCCACCUCCAGAGGAGUCAGCUGAGGUGGCUCGGGCAUCUGGUUAGGACGCCUUCUGGACGCCUCCUGUUAGAGGUGUUCCAGACAUGUCCCACCGGGAGGAGAUCUUGUGGUCGGCCCAGGACCAGGUGGAGGGAUUAUAUCUCUCGCCUGGCCUGGGAGCGCCUGGGAAUCCCCCCGUAGGAGGAGCUGGUGGAAAUCCACUUAUUAAGGGUGUUGAAAAGAUGUUGAAACAAAAUGCAAAAAGAAGAUUUCCCUGGAUUAGUAUUCUUGCAUUUGUCCGAUGAUUAGCAGGUGUCCAACAUGAAUCCACAGAAUUGUUGUUAAAUUGGCAGAAACCUCGAGACGAACCAGAUCUGUUGGUUGUCAUCCAUCUGCCGAGAAAAAGAGAGAGAUUAGUGAAGAUAAACAGAGAGAUACAAACAUGAGAGAUAACAGAGAGUCAAAGUGAGGAAUGUUGGCUCAGACGUAUGUAAACGAACCAAAGCUUGUCACUCAGUCAAAGAGGAUCCAGGUUCAGCUGUUCCACUGAAACCAUCUGCACCGACCCCCUCCCUGUGUUAAAUGAACUGGGGGGCCCGAUGGUACCACGAUGUUCCAUCAGAAGUGGUUUUUGGAUGGACAAACAGCUUCAGUAAACCCGUCUCCCCCCUCCGGCAUCGUUUUUGAUGUCCAACAACUUCAGUGACUUUUUGAAACCGACAGUGAAACGUUUAAAACCCUCCGGGUCCGAAACGCCAGCUGUGCGGAGGUGAGGAAGUCAGCAGAGUCUGAAACUCUCCGAGGCUUUCUGUUUCAGCAGAUAUUAUUACAUCCUGCUUUUUUAUUUCAUGUGUCACAAACUGUGCUGCUAUAUUCACACCGUUAAAGUAUGAACCGUCUGUAAUUAUUCAGUUUUCUUUAGCUAAUCAUCAUUUUUGGCACCGUGAACCGACCUCCAUAACUCGUCCAAACUACUAUAAUAUUAAGAUUGGAGGUUAAAACAUGUCGUCCUUGACUGAAGCAGAUUUGUCUUCUGUCCAAGUUUGUGUGUCCUCAUUUUGAAUAAGUAGUGAUUACAUAAUUUACAACAAAUCAUAACAAUGACAAACAGUUUCUGUUUGUGAUCAUCGUGGGUUUUCUAAAGAUCCUCAUUCCCAUCAUUAAAGUGAAGUAUGUCCUCAUGAGAAGACUCAUCUCCGUCCAUUCUCAUAAACCGAAGAUUGCUUAAUGGAUCCGGACUAAUAAUAGAGCUUUUUACUGUGAAAAGAAAACAAUCAGUCCAAUUAUGGGCAAACUCGAUUGAAAGGCCCUCCAGUUACAGAGUACUGUAGAUUUCUCACCGCUCAAAAACAACGACAACAACAGGAAGUGAGUUUGUGAAACUGAAGACAUCAUUCACGCCGAUCUGCCCGUGAACCAACGACCAAUCACAGCAGCGAUGAAACGGAUGAGGCUGAAGGUGUUCGGUUACUGCCGAUCAGUGAAAGUCGAACCUGUUUCUUACCAAAAAAAAAGUCCGUUAAUAAUGAGUGUUUGUUUAGUUUAAAUCAAAAUAAAAGAUCAGACCCUGUCCAGACCGUCAGAGUCUAUAACAGUGUUAAUGCAGUAAAUCUGAUUUUACUUCAGUUUUAAUAUAGUUUAGUAUCUGAGCUGGAGACAGUCCUGCAGAUCUGUUGGGGUGAACCUGCGGACUGAGCGGAGGCGGAGCUGCCGCCCUCCUCCUCCUCCUCCUCCUCCUCCUCUGUUUGUCUAUCUGCUAACGCCAUAUGUGGCGCCUGAGGCGGCGGUUCGCCCACCAAGGUGAUGAGGAGCCCAAUUAAAGCCUGAUGGUCAUUUAGCAGUCAUGGUCACUCUCAAUGUCUGAGCCGCAGGAAUCUGUUCAAAACACAUAUUUUUAUCAAAUCCACCAUCUUUGAAAACAGGAACAGACCUCAGAAACACAAACAACAUCAGUUUAAGAACAACAGACACAGAGACAGGCUUUUCUAUUCUAUUCUAUUCUAUUCUAUUCUAUUCUAUUUUAUUCUAUUGCUGCGUUCGAGUUCUGAAUUACCUCAGAAGUCAGAUGUCUGAGCUGGGAAUGAUGUCACACCCGAACUACCAGCGUAAGUUGGAAAAAAGCAAAAUCUGUGGCGGAAACAAGAUAGCUACAUCUACCAAAGUUAUUUUAGUGCUUGCCUCAUACGAAUAUAAGCAAGGACAAGCGCUAAAAUAAUUUUCGUAGAUGUAGCUAUCUCCGCUUCUGCCUCCGAUUUUUUUUUCUUCCGACUUGGCGCUGGUAGUUCGGGUGUGACGUCAUUCUUAGCUUGGACAUCUGACCGCCAAGGUAACUGGAACGCAACAUAUUCUAUUCUAUUCUAUUGCUUUAGUCUAUUCCUUUUUUAAGGAUUUACUUAAAAUCAAAAAUAAAACCAUAUCUAUCUAUCUUUUUAUCGAUUCUACUCUAUUCUAUCCUAUUCUGUUCUUUUCUAUUCUAUUCUAUUCACGCUCACAGCUAUUAGACCGACUUUCACAGUAAUUUCAGAUUUGUUCUCAUUUCGUGAUAAAAAGUCGUCUCACAUCGUUUGAAUAGUUGUGAUGUCUGAUUAGGAUGUAAAAAUGUGUGUCGUCGGCAUAACAGUAAAUUUGUAUUCACUAUAUUUACAUUUACAGGUGGUAUUAUCAAGAGAAGGCAAGUAAAUAAAAAGAGAGAUGGACCCAGAACUGAACCCUGUGGAACCCCAUAUGAUAAGUUUUCUGUUGGUGAUACUGAACCAACCACAGAGACCAGAAAAGAUCUGUUAACCAGGUCUGACCUGAACUUCUGUGAGGCCACAUCACCAACACACCUCUGGGGUCUGUCAGUGAGUCUGAGAUACAAACAAACAGGAGAAAAUGUAAAAUCUCAUUAUCUGGAUGUUCAGCUUCUUCAGACCCCAGAGUCCACGUGUUUUUGGCGCUCAGUACCAGCCUUGACAGACCGCCUCCUCUUAUCAGAGACGGCUCACGGUCAGAUUUCUUCUCUCGCAGUUUGUCGAAGUCGUUCAGAAAGUUCUGCACCAAACAGAUAAAAUGACGAAAGCGUCAAAAUGUUCAGAGACGAGGAGCAGCAGGCGGUGCGCUGAGGGGGCUCACGCUCGGCUAUAAUAAGACCCAUUACUCCAUUUAAUUGCAUCAGGUCGUUUAGUCAGGUGUUAGCAUCAGCCUCAUGCAUCACAUGACAUGUCAUACGACACGAUAGCUUUACAGUGCGGCAGUGAGGCGAGUCACACGGCGCUGAUGGGCACUUAUGUCUGCUGUAGAAAGCUGCUGUCAGAGGACCACACACACACACACGCACACACACACACACACACACACACACACACACACACACACACACACACACACACACACACACACACACAUCUCCUGUAGAUAUCAGCGUCUAAUUAUAGAAAUAAAAAACAUAGAACAUCAUUUUAUUUUAAAUCAAACUCAGUGGAAUUAAACUCGGUCCUGCAGAAACAUGGAGGUUAGACAGAAACACACUGGUCCAGAUAUCAGGAAUAUAAACCAAUCACAAAGUCACACCAAGUGGACUAUUUCAGACUGGUUUAUAAACUUAUUUGGCACUUUAGCAGAUGUAAUGUUGUCCCUGAAAACAGUGAGUAGAAACAAAAAAGAAAAAUGGUCACUAAAGCCUGAUGAUCGUCUUUUUCUCUCCCUCGAGCUGCUGAUGGAUCAUGAGUUUUCUUGGUGCAUGUUUACUCUUCAGAGGUUAAAAUCUCGAACCUUAAACCUGGACAUCAGUGUUGGUUAUCCUCUUCCAAAACUUGAUUUAACAAAUUAGAUUUUCUGCUCAGAAAUAAUGCAGACAGGUUUAUAACUCUCCGAUGAAACAGUCAGUCUGUUUCCAUGACGCUCAAGAAAACCGAAUUAUCGCCUUACUCCGAUAAAGACCGGACAACUGAAGGUCAUGUAAACACCUUAGUCCGACUAUAAUCGCAGUUUGAGAACUCUGAUUAAGACACCCAGAUAAUGAGAUUGGAAUGCGAUUAUCUCUACCAUGUAACCAGCGUAGUCGGAGUAUGAUCGGACAAUGCAUGUGUGCGUGCGCGAAACCCCCGUAGAGAAGAGUAGAGGAGUAGCGUUGGUCUCAUCUUUAGAAAAAGUAGCGCGUCCAUCAUGUCGGACAAAAACAACGCUGUACGAUGCUCCAUCUUCUUGUUUGUUGUAUGGGGUCGGAAACAGUGCCGCUGAAAAGACCCAUAUCGCCCCCUAGUGUUGGGGAGGAGGACACGCUCAUGUCAAUAAUUUGGAUUUUCUCAGCUGCAUGUAAACGAGGACGAGGAGAGAAGUCUGAUUCAGAGUGUUGGGCGUCUCUUUCCAAAACAUGAUUUAAUAAAUAUGAUUUUCCUCUCAGAAAUGAAGCAGAAAAGUCUUCAACUCUCUGAUGAAACAGUGAAACAUCGUCGGCAUAAAGAAAUAAAAACACAUGGGGUUAUGGAGUUCAUGAUUUUCAGCUGACAGGAAGUGACUCUGUCUCAUUGUCAAAUUGGAUUUAAAUGAUCGUAACCUGACUCUGAUGUUAAUCUCCGUUCACCUGUCCGCUCCUGUAAUCCGGGUUUUUCCAUAUUGUCUCCGUCUUCCUGAGUAAACCGAUCCGUAUGUGUUCUGUUCCAGCUGAAGUCUCGUUCCUCUGAACCGGCACCCGUCCGUCAGUUAGGACAGCAUCUGGUCCCUGAGAGCAGCUGAACAGGGGACACGGCGCCUGAAUAUGUAUCGGUGGAGUCAGGUGUCAGAGGCAGGUGCCUGAGCGGGCCAGGCUGUAAAUAAAGAGCAAAUACAUCUGUUUGAAUUAGAGGCUGAGAGGACAGAGAGCAGAGGAGAAGAAAUGUGAGUGACAGAAAAACGCAGAGGAGCAAGAUGGCGAGACGAGCAGCAGCUAUUUUUGAAAGGAGCGUUUAACUGAAUAAAACAUCACCCAGCUGCAGUCCAGAUUACAGAACUCACGAGGUGGGCGUGAAACCCCCCGUGUCCAAAUAAAGCAAACUCCUCACGUAGGUUUUGUUUUGCAAAGAGACGGAGCUGGACUGUUUCCACAUUCGAUUUUUCCUCUGCUGAACCAGAGAGACCCCCUCAAACGUGUCGGGAUUAACAACCGCGGCGUGUUGUUGGCGUUCCCCGGGAUCAGCUGUGCGUUCACUACCACGCGUGGCCCAAACAAACCGUCUGUUUUUAGAGCGCAGACGGAUCAAAUCUGUGAAUUUGAGCGAACCUCUCCUCAUUCACACUUGGCCCACUUCCUCGUCUGGAUCUAAGUGUGUCUCGGCGCUUUUUAUACUCCACAGAAAUUCAUCCUCGUCAUUCCCGCCGCCAUCAUCAGCUGUGACAUCUGUGACUAAUUAUGCUCACUGAACUCUGAAGGGAGAGCUUCGCAGACAUGUUUGUCUGAUGUACCUGCAGACGUGUCACAUGACCUCAUGAACAGAAAACGGUCUCUUCUUCUUCUGCAGAUUUAAACUGGAUCUACAAAAACAUUCAUCUGAUCAGAGUAGGGCUGGGCGAUAUGGCCUCAAAUCAAUAUCACGAUAUAUUGAUCAGUUCGUCUACUUCAGCUGCUACAACUUUCUCUCCGUCCUCCAUCUCCUCACCUGUCUUUCCCUCUUUGUUACAGACUGGAUGGGGCGGAGUCACGUCUCUGAUGUAGGACAGCGUCUUAAAGGGACAUGAGACCAUAGCCUACCUACACACAUCCAAAACUAACUUUGAUUUAUUUAGUUUUUUUACACCGCAUAUACCGACAUAGGCAAAAUGACGUCGGUUAUUGUCAUAAAUUCCGUUAUCGUAAAUUUUGGGUUUAUCGCCCAGCCCUAGAUCAGACUAACCCUGAACAUAGAGUUUAAUUCAUUCAGCUUUGGAUCGAUGCUACGACUCGCUGGAGUGACAGACUGAACCAACGUUUGAACCCACGACCAACAGCUGCUAAUGUUAUCACUACUAUUCACUCGCUACUUUUAAAUAUCUUAUUAAAAUAUUAAAAUAGGGUGACCGUACUCUGAAUCCCUUAAAAGACGACACGACUACAGGGGGCAGAGUUGCAUACAAAAUUUUGAGGGUUUUUCGGGUGAAGUCGAGUGUUUUUACGCACUUCUAACUUACUAAGUCUGCGCUACACAAACUCAAAACUUCCAAACAAAACCCCGAACAUUUGAAGGAUUUUAUAAACUCCCCCGGACAAAACCGUACAGCCCCCAAAAAGAGGACGUGUCUGGGUAAGAGAACUAAUGGUGACCCUCAUUAGAAGUUAACUUUCAAACUUCAAACUGACAUCCAACUAUUUCAUCCAGAUGUCCAUUUCUGUCGGCUAAUCCACCUGUAGAGUAUGUUAGCUCUCACUUUUGGUGAAUAUCUAAUAAACUGUGUAUUUUAAGGUGUAAACUGUAAACGGUUUUAAGGCAUGUCUCUAAUUAUAAGGCAGUAAGCCCACACACUUCUAUGGUUUGUUACUGAAACAGCGAUCGUGUCGUCUGAAUUCACUCCUGUCUCUUUAAAGCAGGUGCUUUUACACCAUCAUGAACACUAACCACAUUGUGUUUCUCCAUAAAGAGCCCAUUUUAAACUCCACGAUCACAUUAGCUCUUUUCUCCUCCUGCCCACACGGACAGAUUAAGCUCUUUAAACAGGUCCAUGUUGCCUGUGUUGACCCCCUAAAAGCCCACAAAGAAAUCCACCUUCACCAUGAUUUUCUGCUCUCAGCUGUCCUCCCCUCUGGAAUCUGUUCCCUACUUCACCUUUUUCCACUCCUCCUCUCAUUCUCGUACAGUAAAUGUGUACGCGAGCCGGCUCUCAGGCGGUCCAGCUGUGUUUUGAGUCUUAAAACAAGUCCGUAUCAACUGUGUAUCAGGUACAUAAAUCAGGGAAUAUAUUUAAUUACCCAACCCUCCCUGAGAUCUCACACUCCGCCUGGAAUGCCGCGCUUACUGACCUCAUGGAAAACUGCGGCCUGCCAAGGUUUCCCUCUCAUAUCCCCUAAAAAGGAACCCAAGGAGUACUUUUGAAAAUAGACCAGGAUGGGGGAUUUUUUUCACAGUGGAAGCAAAACAGAAGAGUUGGCUGGUUGGACACUCACAGACGGAGGUUCUGAUGGAGAAUGAGAGGCUGUGCAGAUAACCUGAGUGUACUGAGUGACUGUGAGCUCAGGUAGAUCCGGCUCUCUGUCUGACAGCAGCUCCGCUCUCUUUGGUCUGCUUCAGUGUUUGGGCCUCAGCUGUGACGCUGGACGACAGCACAUGCUCCCGGGCCAGAUUUGGAGCCCACACAGGGGUAACCGAGUUAAAGUGAACCCAGACAGACGCUCUGCCAACGCGCCGUUUCCUCUGGUGUUGCAUCAGGUUGCUUGUGGUGAAUCCAUCACGUCUGCCCCACUCUCUCUCUCUCUCUCUCUCUCUCCCUCUCUCCCUCUCUCUCUCUCUCCCUCUCUCCCUCUCUCUCUCUCUCUCUCUCUCUCUCUCUCUCUCUCUCUCUCUCUCUCUCUCUCUCUCUCUCUCUCUCUCUCUCUCUCUCUCUCUCUCUCUCUCUCUGGCUUGUUUUUCCACCAUCAGAGCAGAUAAUGAAAGUUUGAUUGGAGAGAUUAUUCCCACUAUUUUUCAGUGCUGACAGCAGCAGCAGAAUAAACUCAAAGUUAACUUGGUUCAUUUUGUUUUUUUGUAUAGAAAAAUGACAAAGUUCGUCACAAAUACUCUGAAAAGACGAUAUUUUCCCUCGGUGCCAAACUGACUUUAGUCUAAUGUUAUUUUAAAGACCACAGAGAGAACGACGCUUUGAUUCACGGUAAAUAGACGGUAUUUAUUCACGCUUUUGAACCACCGUGACAGACUGUAUUUUAAUCAGUAUUAUAAAAAUAAACUUUAAAGAGACCGCACUGUCGUAUUUAACGGCUAAAUUCCACAAGAUAUGGAACGGCUGUGCUGCGACGCGCUCCGCUCUGGAACGGCAGCCUGAUCAAUUACAUUAGUAUUAUAAUCAAUUAUAAUCAAUAUGCGUGAUUCCACACAAUGCGUCCGCCGUCAAGCUCCACUGGGGAUACACAAGGCUUCUAUUUUUGCUGGACGCCGCAGCAUAGCGCAUCAAUUCAGCGCAGCAUGAGCGGCAGCAGAGGUUGUACGCUGCUUCAAAGUAAAAUACCCGGUUAAUUUUCAAAAUAAAAUAAAGUCGAUAUAUGGAACUGUUCUUCACGUGAUAAUAGGAGGGCCCAGAAUUGUGGGAUGUGGGUGGUUAUACACACCGUCGAUCUCCUUCAGUGUCUCACGAUGAAACACGCGAGAUCUCGUCCAGUGUUGUGAGAAAUAUCGGUAAUAUCGCAAUCGCUUGUCCUCCGCUUGCGGCAGCGGAUCCGAUCCCGUGGGCGCUGUAUGCUCGUGUUCUUGAUCCAUCGGCCAUUCCGGAGCGCCGCGGAUCUGCAUGCCACGGAAUCCUGGUGUAAAGCUCCUGUUUGUUUUUGAGGCGGUGUUUGGCAGCCAAUCAGAGGCGUGUCUUCAGCAGCUGUGCCUCUGAUUGGUCGAUCUUGUUACUUCUAUAAUUGUCGAUGCUGUUCAGAUUUUUUUUUUUUCCAACCAGGCUGUAAACAUGUUUGUUUUUGUUGUAAAAAUUGUCUUUUUGAAUGGGUGUGUAUGUGGCUUCUGGUGCUUUUGUGGCUGGCCCCGAGUGGACAUGUAAGGUACUGCAGUUUUAGCACUUCUACAUCAGCUUCGUUUCUGAAGACUGGAGGUUCCUGCCUGGUUGUACCUCUACAUUAUUGCUUACUGAUUUAAAACAGGCCAAACUGAGUCCUGAAACAACAGUAAAGUAUAAUUUAGAGAGUGAAAAGGAUUCGGCGCCGCCUGAAUCCUCUCAGUUAUAUUUAUUUACACUCCUGGAAAUCUUUGCUUUCUCACACACGGACAUUACACAGCAGCUGUCAGCAGAGCCCCCGUGGGUCAAAGCUGAACAGAGUAAUGGAGGGAAGAGGGUGUAGAGUAGAUGUGUUUGAGUGCCUGAAUAAACAUUCACGGGGUCGUCUGGAGUUUGGGGUGUCUGUGGCGGAGGACUGAUGGGGUCUUUGGGGCCGUCUUUUAGACAGGGAUGAGACAGAACUCUUGGGAAACGGGGGCUAAUAGACGUUUUUUUGACGUAGCAUCUCUGGGUGUUAUCCACAGACAAGAGUUAGAGUGUGUGGGGUCGUGUACUGGUAUCUGUGGUCAGAGGCAGCUGGAGAUGAAAGUGAGCGGAGGAGCGGAGGAGGGGGGCAUGCUGGGAGAGGAGUGGGCCGCUGCUCUAAGACAGUCUGUACCCGACACACAUGACACGGUCGUGUUUAUUUGUACAGUGAUACAGCGUGUCCUCCGCUCUCUGCAGCGUAGAUUCAGAUAAGAGUGACGUCACCGAGAAAAACUGGGUUGACCAUUUACGGCUGAAUGUUAUGAUAGUGUGUCACACCUCUGAGCGCGCUCCGGCGUUUCAGGAGGAAUUUAUUUACAGUGACUCAGGUUUUACCGUCACGACCUCUAAGUACAGAUAUUAAAAACACAGACUGGGAUCACAGACAGAGUUUUACAGAAUCUUAUUAUUUUAUAGAUAUAUUUUAUUUUUAUUAUUUUGUUCCUUUUUUCUUAAAAUGAUAUAAUUUAAAAUGUUCUUUCUUUAGUUUUAGUUUGAUAAUAAGUCAUCAGCUGGUUUUGAAGCCUGUUUUUGAAUGGGUGUGUAUGUGGCUUCUGUGCUUUUGUGAUGGGCCUCAAGUGGACAUGUGAGGUACUGCAGUUUUCAGCACUUCGGCAUAACCCGGGAUUUUUACCGCAUCUGGAACGACUCCGGUCCAGAACGGCGGCGAUUUUUCCACCAAUUCCUACCAGAUCCGUUUGUGAGGCGAAUUUCAUGGUGGAUUACGGACAGCAGGAAUCACGAGAACUCACAAGAACCCGCGGAAUUAAGUGUAAUCGCACGAUAACGAGUUGUCUUGUAUGGUUAGCCACAUAGGCUAACUAUACAAGCAGUAGAUUGUGUCCUUCCAGAGGAGGAAAUCUACUUCUAGACUUCUAGAAUCAGCAUCUCCUCAACCAUGGUGUCAUCGGGGUGAAAUGACGUCUAAAAACCUUUCACUUGUUCGUCUCCGCCCGUUUAUUUUGAAAAGAAGUCGGAUGUUUUAUUUUGUGUCUGUCCCCGACUUCCUUUCCAGAAAAAAUAGAACUCUUGUGAUCAGCUGAGGAGUCCGGCGAUCUGCAGAGGAACGGAAAGAAGUCGGUGUAAAUUGACACGUUAACUUGAAUGGUUACGAUCAGCUACGAUCGGAGGAUACGACCUUUUAGGAGACGAUCAGGAUGUGGAGGAAAUUCGGGGUUAGUUUAAUUUGGUUCUAACUUGAUCCAAACAGACUGAGUUAAAUGGACAUAAUUCAGAUCAUGAUUGUCGCUCGUCAUUCUCACAUGUUUAGUAAAUUAAACACAUAAAUAUUAAUCAGUUUGUGAAUAAAAGGAGUUGGAUAACUUGUUUCGCUCCAUGUUACCCAACCCCUGACAAAAACUCCUCGUCCUUUUAAUGCAUGAACGCCGACACUUGUAAAUUAUUCCUAAAGUGAGGACUCCUCUCUUCCUCUCAUUAAACUGCUCUAAAGACUCCUGUUGGACCUCUGCCUCUCAGUCUGGAGUGAAACCCGGCACCACACUCACUUGUGUCUCGCUCAGCUGUGCGGCUCUGCUCGGUUCCCAGGGUGAAACUUCUGAGGACAUUAUCAGUCACCACCGAAGCCUGCAGAGACUCACUGCUGCUGCUGUCGUACACAUCCAGUCGCCUCCUCUCCCGGGACCUCAGGGGCUCCAUGGAGAGUUCCUGCUGAAUGUACUGUAUGUGAAUACAACAUGUGGCAUUACAUUACAUGAUUGUAAUUCCAGUCCCAGAGGAGGGACUGUGUGAACUCACCUUUUCAGGCUUCUUUGCAUAUUCUUGUUUCAUGAGUCUCAUUGGUUCCUGGGGAGGUCAGGUGAUGCUGAAAAAAACAGGCUCUGCUGUUCCCCGUCGUCCUGCUGGUCAGAACAAAUUGUUCCUGGUAAUCAAUGAAAAUUUAAUCGGGUAACAGAACCAGAGCUCUUACGGGCACAUUGUGCCAGUCUUUCAUGUAUUUUUAAAGCCUGUUUUUAUCUCUAACUAAUUAGUAAUUAGUGCCGUAACACCAGAGUGGCUGCCUGAGUAUCCAUGCCCGCUUUGUCCCUCAUCCAUCACCGCCGUCCUCAAAGAAAAGUGAAGGAUAAAGAGUUUAAACUUGGACUGUGGUGGAGUCGUUCAGAAAACAGAGUCUUAAUGUUCACAUUUAUCAUAAUAAUAAUCAUAAUAAUCAUGUUUUCUACUGAUUUCCCAUCUCAUUCAUGUGUACACAACAACAUCUCUGUUUUCACUUCUAGUUAAACCAGUUUAGGGCCUGUGUCCACAAACAGAGACUUUAGUAUCAUCACUUAAACCUGUUUUAUCACACAGAGCAUUUUUCAGUCUAAAUGUAGCCGAGAUGACUGGUCUGAAAUCAGGACUACCACAGGUCUAAAAUGAAAGAUUUUAGACCAAGUCUAAAUGUGAGCUAUAUCUAUACUAAACUGUAUAUUGCUCAAUGGCUAUCAUAAUUAUUUAGGUGAAGUACUUGGAGAUCAGUUAUGAAACUCACAGUUGAUUUUUGAAAUAGUUAUUGAAUAAAGGGUUAAAGUGCAACGUCUGAAAAUAUACAGAAUCUAGACGGUUGAAAUUAGAUCUGACGGUGUGGUUUGAUAUAAAGUAGAUAUUUAAGUCUAACCCUUCAGUUAUUGAUGGUAUUUUUCAUGUGUGUUUACAGUCGUCUGCAGGAGUUAAAGUCGUCAUCUCUCUGAUAAAUUAAAGGACGUUUCUGUCCACAGAGCUGAAGGUCUGAUCUCCAUGUCAGGAAACAUUAGCAGCAUUUUAAGGACAGCAAAGACACCAUGAGGGAAUAUUCCUCCUCUGGCUGUGACGGUUUGUUCUGGAGAAGUUAAAUCAAGGCUAUUAGCCUGUUGCUGGAGGCUUAAGCUAAGAUGAUUGGUUAUGAAUUAGGAUUCCCUAAUGAGAGGCGGCAGCAGGCAGGCGAGCAGGAGGAGGGAAUAAGAGGUUUGAGGACAGUGCACCUGUGUUCGAGCCCCUCCUGCCUGUUUGUUUUGUCUGAUCGUUCUUCGAAGGCUUUUGUCAGCGCUCAACAAUUCUUCUUUGAAAUGAUAAUUACUAGAAUAACAUUAGGAGACAAUUAGCCACUGGUUUCUGCAAAGUCCUUGUUAGUCACUCUUCACACUGGGACUCAAACUGAGCUUCCAGGAAGGAGGAGUGAGUGUUUGUUUGGAGGUUUGUAAAUCCUGACUGCAUGGACUGUCAAACUAACAGACGGUACAGGAGUCUGGGUUUGUUUAGAUGACACUCAAACUUCUCUGCUCCAUUAUUUUACCUUUCAGAGCUGUUAGGAUGGAAGUUUCUCCGGAUGGAAGUGAUCUAGCACACCUGGUGGCCCCAGAGGCCUGCAGACUGCUCACAGCACUGCGUCACAUUUGUGUGAGAGAGCGGAGAAGCUCAGCGAAGAUGAGUUUGUCAUGCGAGCCUCUCGACUGCUGGCCUUGUCGCCCGCGGCUCUUACGUCUGCUGGUGAUGAGUGAUGCUGUCACUCCUGUUGUCCCGAUGUCUUGAUAAGCUUCAGCCCGCCGCUAACAGAGCCUGACAGGCCGACAGCUCAGCGCCCGCGCUCACCUGAACACGCUGUUCUGCUCUUACUGUACCGGGUCAGCGUUUAUUUAUGACUGCGUUUGACCAGGAGUCUGAACGAGAAAGACAAAUAAAUGUUAGGAACAACAAAUAUUAAAAAAGAUUGCAGUUAUAUACGCUGGGAAUAAACAGUUUUAAUACUGACAUGAAAUUACAGAUUAAAGCUCCUGUGAGAGACUUUAUGUUUUUGUUAGGUUUGGCGCCCCCUGUGGACAGAGCAGUCCUGGCGAUUUUUGUGUUUAGUUGAUAGGAUAGGGUGAAAUGUGGGGAGAUAGAGAUGGAGUGGGGAGGACCUGCCGCAUAUGGUCAGGGCCGGACAUGAACCCACAACCACUGCGAGGACCAUGGUCCCCAUACAUGGGGCGCGCUAGCCCGCUCGGCCAUCUUUGCGCCCCGUUCUGGCUUAUCUUGACCUCCACAAAAUCUCAUCCUGCCAACUCUGACAAAUGUGGAUAUUUUUGUUUAAAAUGUAAGAACAGGGCGGCUGUUCUCCAGCUGCCCGGUGUUGGUACUAGAUGUGUUCCCGCUGCUAGAUCAGCUCGGGGCAGAUCUGGCGUCACGCUAUAUGAUUGGCUGGAAGUUGGUUCAGAUGACAUUGCAGAUUGGGGUUGGUCCGGACAUUAUGGAAGCGUUUUUUGUUGGAUUAGGUUUUAUUGGAUUGUGGGAUUGUAAACUGAAACAUUCAAGGGGAAAAAUAAAAAAUAGAAAAGUUAAAAUAACCUGGUUGCAUAAAUAUGCACACGCUUAAACCAGUUUUUAUAUCCACUGUACCCCCCCACAUUGAUCAAGUUCUCAGGAUAAAUGAUUAUCCAAGAGUUCGAGUAUUUAAAGGCUGAUUGUUAAAAAUGGACAUAUGCUUUUUAAAGUUGAAACAAAGAGCCUCUGUGGUCGAUAAAAGGGAUAAUUGAGUUCAGCAGACAGCAGCUUCAUGGAGAGAAUUGGGAGGAUUAUCUGUUGUUGAUGUUAAAGCUGUUUUUAUAGCAUAUAAUUGGACAGAAAAUGGUCCGUUUGGUGAAAUGGACUGCGAUAAAUCCAGGACCAAUGACAACAGAGUAAUCUCGGUUGUCUCUUUGUCAUCAGGAAAUGACUAAAGACUCACAAAACGGCAACACCACUAAAAAGCAAAAUGUCUCCCCGCUUGGCACCAGGUCUGCUUUUUCCUUCCACGGGGAGAUACAUCAACUUUAAUGGCUUUCAUUUCGGCGGCACAAAUCGGGCGAGCUUUAAACCGAUUUGGCAGCAGACAGACAGAUGGCUUUACGGCACAGAUCAGCAUGACAAUAAAACCAGAGCCUGCAGAAUUAAAUCAACUCUCGUAGUAAUUACAUUCAAACUGUUGGUCAACCUUUUCCAUUUGCCGAUCUCUUUGUUAUCACGCACGUCAUCUUCCAGCUCCUGUGAGCAACAGGUCCACACCGAGCGGGGAGGGGGAUAAAUCGUGGGCAGCGGUGAUUCGAGUGAGACGAUAAAAGGGAAGGAUGACGUCAUGAGAGAAAAGGUGGACGCUCCACCUGACAUGAUGAAUGGGAGAUCAAAUUAGUGCCAACAGUCAUGAGCUGGGCCGUGUGAGGAGUGUGUCCUGAGUUAUCCUCUUCUAAAGAUAAAAACACAAAAACACAAAAACACAAAAACACACGUCAGAGGUUUUAUUUUUAAAGAGGAUUUAGAUUCUCGGACCAAAAGGCCUCUUCUUUUCUCUCUCUGUGUUUUUAUGUUUAUAUUUUAAAGGUGUUGUAGUCAGGAUCUGAGUUAGUUCCAGUUUUUAGGAGAAAUCUUGAAUGUAAACUCUACCCCUCCCAACCAGUUUUCCCCUCAGCUCCUCCUCUCCCCUCAAGCCCCGCCCACAAACAGACACUCCUGCUUAAAUUCAGAUAUAAUGCAGAUAAAUACUUCAGAUCAUUACAAAUGGGGCCCAGUCAAGGUGAAAGUCAAAAGCAUUGGUGCUACUGUAGAUGCCAACAGACUACCAGCAAACACAAUGUUUGCAGGACUUCUACAACGAGGAUAAAGUGACAUAGUCCAGGACCCGAGGGAGGACAGUUUAGCGAUGGCGCUACAACACGCUACAGCAGGUCCGUUUGACAAGAAACACUUCUGUUACAGACACUUGUCUUACUUUGUUAAAGCGGUUUACCUGUCCAGCAGAAAGGUUACAGGGUCACCAAGAUCCCCAAGCGUCCCCCAUCGUUUAUGUUGACCCGGCUUUUUAGCUCUUGUCCGGUCUACCUCCGUUUUAAGCGCCCGUUAUUCCUCCAGAGUCUCCGGUAUUUGACUGAUUAUGGUUGACUGUUUUCUUGUUGACUGAUUAUGGUUGACGUUUUCUUGUUGACUGUUUUCUUGCUGACUGUUUUUUGUUGACUGUUAUCUUGCUGACUGUUUUUUUUUUGACUGUUUUCCUGUUGACUGGUUUGGUGUUGACUGUUUUCUUGUUGACUGUUUUCUUGUUGACUGUUUUCUUGCUGACUGAUUAUGGUUGACUGUUUUCUUGCUUGUGUCGGCAGUCGUGGCCAAAGGAGGAUUCAGACAAUUUUCCGAACUUUCUGGUUGGUUUCUACUGUCCGAUAUUGUAGCACGCUAACUUUGUUUGGGCUCCUGAACGACACGGGGGAGCAGCGUCUGCCUCACAACCAAUCAGGUUAGAGGAGGUGGAGAACGGCUUUGUUUACAGUCAGAAAGAGCGGACCGCUCAAAAAUGUUCAAAUGUUGACGACACAGACAUAAGAGAACACAGAGAUAUCGAUAUAUUACCAAAUGUCAUCAAUAACUAAUAACUAUUGACUGAUAUUAGAAGAGUUUUUGUAAAUAAGCCAUAAAAAAAAGGUGCUUCUUUAACGGAGUCCUGGUUACUCCACCUUUAACCGGAGUGGAGGACUAAAGGUGGUGAAAAUUCUCUCAUUAGCUUCUCCGCUGUGAGGGAUGGUCAAUGAAUUAUUCAGGCUGAGUCCCCCAUACCUGACAUCAAUACUUGGUCAUCCCCGCCGCCGCCGCCGCUGCUGCCGCCGCUGCUGCCGCCACACUGCUGUGCAUUCUCAUCUUCAAUUGCAUUUUGCGAGUGUGAAAUGAAGAGCCUUUGAGUUUGUCUGAAGUGCUGCUGGAGGAAUAUCAAUCAGUCUGUUUCAUUCAGGUUUCCAGACCCUCCUCUGCUCUGUGGUUCUACCUCAGUAACCCUGCUCCUCUCUCUCCUCCCCCCUCAGGAUACGGUCAUGCUGCCCCCAGCACGGACGGAGGGAAGAUCUUCUGCAUGGCCUACGCCCUCCUGGGUAUCCCUCUGACCUUGGUCAUGUUCCAGAGCGUGGGUGAGCGGAUCAACACCUUCGUCAGGGACCUGCUCCACCGUUUGAAGAACUGCCUUGGCAUGAGGCGCACAGAGGUGUCCAUGGCCAACAUGGUGAUCAUCGGCUUCAUCUCCUGCAUGAGCACGCUCUGCGUCGGAGCGCUGGCCUUCUCACACUUUGAGGGGUGGAGCUUAUUCCACGCCUUCUACUACUGCUUCAUCACGCUCACCACCAUCGGCUUCGGGGACUACGUGGCGCUGCAGAAGGAGCACGCGUUGCAGACCAAACUGGAUUACGUGGCCUUCAGCUUCAUCUACAUCCUGACCGGCCUGGCUGUGAUUGGAGCGUUCCUCAACUUAGCCGUCCUUCGCUUCAUGACCAUGAACGCCGAGGACGAGAAGCGGGACGCCGAGCAGAGGGCUCUCCUCGCUCACAACGGCCAGGCUGGAGGACACAUCCACUGUCCUGUAGACCCCACCUCCACCUCCUCCACGCCCUCUGGGUGCGGCGGAGGCGGGGGAGGCGGAGUUGGAGGCAGCGGGGGCGGGGCAGCCAGCAGGGGUCUGCGUAACGUCUACGCCGAAGUUCUGCAUUUUCAGUCCAUGUGCUCCUGUCUUUGGUACAAGAGCAGAGAGAAGCUGCAGUACUCCAUCCCCAUGAUCAUCCCACGGGACCUCUCGAACUCGGACACCUACAUGGAGCAGGGGGAGGCCUUCUCCAACCCCCUCCACUCCAACGGCUGCGUCUGCAGUCUGCAGCGCCACUCGGGCAUCAGCUCCGUCUCCACGGGUCUGCACAGCAUCAGUAACUACAGGAGACUGAAUAAACGCAGGAGCUCCAUCUAAACCAGGACGACUCUGUGUCCGACCACAGAGGGACCCUCCGUUUUUCAGGUGAACACAGAGAGGGGCGGGACUUCUGAGAUACGCCCCCUUCAGGCGCCGAGAGGCCUGCGGGAUGCAGCCAUGUUUCUUCAUGAAGCUGUUCGAUCUUCAGAGGAAAAGACGUGAAGCUCUGAGUGUAUUUAAUACAAUAAUGUUGAAUUUUCUUCACAUGCUGUUAAAAAGGGACGAGACACACUGUGAGACAUGAUGUUAGUGAGAGAGAGAGAGAGAGAGAGAGAGAGAGAGAGAGAGAGAGAGAGAGAGAGAGAGAGUUUGUAUUUACUGUAAAUAAAGAAUAAAGCUCCACUAAGAAAUAUUUUAUUGAAAAUUCAUAAAUCCACUUUCUUCUCCCAGAGUAAUUUUAUCUUUGGUUUUUACUGAUAAAAACUUCAGAGGAUGAAAAUGUGAAUAUUUGGACUCUUCAGGUUUUCUGAAGUUCAGGUUCUGAACUUUCUCAUCUGCUUCAUUUUCUGUCAGUCUGAAUGAAAGUCUUAUUGACCACGUUGUAACGCUCUGAUUGUACCAACUGACUGAACUGGUGUCAGUAUCCCUCAUCAGGACCAGAACCAGAAUCAGACCUCACUGUUGUUUUAGUUUCUCCGGUUUCUCUAUCUUCGUCUGUCUGAUUCACUCUCUCUUCAUGUAGACUCAGCGCCUUUUUUCACCGCAUCCGGAACGGCGGUGAUUUUCGCUGUCCGUCAAUUCCUACAUGGAGUGUUUUAUUUUGAAAAGAAGCCGGAUGUUUUAUUUUGUGUCUGUGCCCGACUUCCUUUCCAGCAGAAAGGAAGUCAAAAAAUAGAACUCUUGUGAUCAGCUGAGGAGUCCGGCGAUCCGCAGAGGAACGGAAAGAAGUCGGUGUAAAUUGACACGUUAACUUGAAUGGUUACGAUCAGCUACGAUCGGCGGUUAAGACCUUUUUGUAGCGGUUCCAUAUGCGGUGGAAAUCGGGGGUCAGGCUGUACGACGAGGUGGACUGGUUUGUGCACUACAGUUUUAAAGCCUCGAGUUUAACAUGUCGACCGCCACCAUCUUUGUUUGUGUGUGUCGGGAAGAUCGAGAAGUUAGCUAACACUGGUUCAAAGAUAACCUGAUAAUCUGACACUGAUUUUGAUUGGCUAACUCAAACACACCACAAAUAAACAAACAGUUAAACUUCGUAUUCACGCCAAAUGCCGAUUAAGUCGUUAAGCGGCGUUUUGUACGUCUGCACACGAGCAGUCGUACCCUCAAGCUCAGGUUAGGAACCACGUGAGGAAUCGGGUCACUUCUUUUGGACCUAAUAUAAAGACCUUUAUCUUUAAAUGGUAAAGUCGCCCCCUGGUGGCCAGUGGAGAGGAUGCAGGCUAACAUCACUUUCAUAUCGGUUUCAUUUUGACGACCCGCCUCCGUCUGUUACUCAGUUUAAUUAAAACGCAGCUGUUUGUUUAUAGUUUCAUGAAGAGCAUGAGCGCCCCCUGUGGUAGAGACUCAGAUCACACUCACAAGCUUUAGCGCUCUGGACUUCAGCGUCCAGUCGUCUUCUUUUUUCAGUCUUUAUUCUGUCAAAGUUGGUUUUGUUUUGUAAAUUAUUAACCCUUUAUUGUUAUUAGUCUGACAUGUUUGUCUCGAUGUAAACGACGUGUUAUUAUUAUUAUUAUUAUUAUUAUUAUUAUUGAUAAUAGAUGCAGUUAACCUUGGAGUUUGCACCUCAUGCACUUAGAGGGGUUUUCCAAACACACUUGAUUCAGCCGACUGAGGUCUUUAUGCAGAUUUUUCACGUCAAAUCUUUGAUUAAUUUAUUUUAUUUUUGUAGAUUUAUUUUACAGUUUUAGUCAUAUCGAGUCUAAAGAGUCAUAUUCAGUUUUUGUUUUCCACUGGAACAUCUUUAUGUCUGUUAUCAUCGUUUCGUUUCCCUCAUGAACCGACAGAGGGUCUGCAGUCAGCUGUGUGUGGAUUUACAUUAACCCUGUUUUUAUCUUUGGUCAUAAUAAAUAUGAUUUAAAACAGCA